AUGGUAUCCUUCAGCAAUGUAAGCCUUGCGCAGCGCACUCUGGUAUUCCUACUGCUGGUAACAACCUGUGUUUUGAACUACCAAGGCUUCAAGUGGCUGAAUCUGUGGAAACAAGAUCAUUCGGACAAAUUGGAGGCUUUUAGACAAAAAUCAAAAAGGAGACUGAAUGCUCCUCACAAAGACAAUCAACAUAAGCUAAGGCAAAAGAGUCAGAAGAAUCAGAAGUCUGAUGCUAAUGAUGCUCUCCAAGAAUUCCAGCUAGCUGCUGCCAAGGAUCUAGAUCAGAAUGAUCAGGGGGACAAGCAACAGCAACAGCAGGAGAAGCAACAGCAACAGCAAGUAGGCAAACCAGGCAAAGAGACUCCCAACAAACUACAAGAAGAGAAGAAGAAAGCACAUGGCCAUGGCAAGGAGAGAGUGGCAAAGAAGAAACAGCCUGAAGAGAACACGGUUGUCUCAGACGCUACAGCAGUAACACCUCCUGCUACAUCUGAUGCUGCUACCAAUCACAACAAGCCACAAGAAGAAAAGAAACAGUCUGAUGCUCAUUCUGAGGUUGAUUCUGAUGCAGGCAAAGCCAACAACUCAAGCCCCAAAAAGAAUUCAAGAAACAAGCAAGCCAAACAGGAGGACACCACAGCCACAACCACAACCACAACCACAACCACAACCACAACUACCCCUCCCGCUGCUUCUGAAGCAGACCAUCCCGACAAACCACAAGAAAAGAAAGGAGGAGGUCGACAAAAGAAAGGAGCAAACAAACCUGCAAAAGAGGACACAGCGGUUUCUGAUGCUGUGACUACCACUCCUCCUGCUACUACUUCUACUUCGGAUGCCACUCCUACUCCUGAAGCGGAAACACACAAAGCUGACAAGCCACAAGAAAAGAAAGCAGCAAGAAACAAGCAGAAUGCCGACACUGACACGACAACUGACCCUCCCGCAAAGUCCGAUGCUAAGUCCGAUGCCGAUGCCAACACUUCUCCUGCCGCCACUUCCGAUGCUCAGGCCGCACAAGCAGACAAAUCCACCAAGCCAGAAGAUAAGAAAGCAGGUGGCCGCGGCAAGCAGAACGAACCCAAGAAACAAUCUGAAGAGAACACUUCUAGUACUGUGGUCUCAGACACAACAACAACAACUCCUCCCGCUACUUCUGACACGGCUGUUGCAGAUUCAAAGGCAGGCCAGUCCGAAAAACAAGAAGAAAAGAAAGGAGGCGGCAAGAAGAAGAAACAACAAUCGAAAAAGGAUACUGCUGCCUCAGACACCGCCACGGCUGAUCCUCCUGCAGCUGCCGUUGCCGAUGCUACUGAUUCUGCUACCACAUCUUCUGCUGCUGCUGCUACUGCUACAACCGCUCCUCCUGUUGCCACUUCUGAUGCUAUGGCUUCUGAUGCCAUGGCUUCUGAUGCCAACCCCACCGAAGCAGACAAAUCCAACAAGGCAGAAGAUAAGAAGAAGGCACAUGGCCAUGGCAAGGAGAGAGUCGCAAAGAAGAAACAAAGCCAAGAGAAUGCUGUUGUUGAGGACGCUACUACAGCAACACCUCCUGCUACUUCCGAUGCCAACAGUUCCCCUACGGACACUUUGGAUGCUGAUGCGGUUCCCACUCCUUCAACAGGCCAAUCCGACAAACCAGAAGAAAAGAAAGGGCGCGGCAACAAGACACCGGCAAAGGAACAAUCCAAAAAGAACAGUGCUGCCACAGACACCACAGACACCACCACAACUCCUCCUCCCGUCACUGCCGAUGCCGCUGCCGCUGCCACUGAUUCUGCUACGGCGUCUUCUACGGAUGCCAACCCCACUGAAGUAGACAAAUCCAACAAGGCAGAAGCUAAGAAGAAAGAAGGCGGACAUGGCAAGGAGAGUGUCACAGAGAAGAAACAGCCCGAAGAGAAAAAUGUUGUCUCAGACUCUACAAGUACUCCUCCCACUACUACUGAAUCUGCUGUUGCGAAUUCUGAUCCAGCCUCUCCUGAUGCCGUUCUCGCUUUUAUGGCAGGCCAAGGCAAGCAGAAUUCCCAGGAAGGAAAACAGCAAGAGCAGAAUCAAAAGCAACGGGAUGAGCUUCUACAGAAACUUCAAAAGGAUAAUCCAACCACUCCGCCUCCUGCCGCUGUCCAUCUCGACCACUCGAUGAUGAUUGUGGACAUUUUGUCGAUUGGUUCCAAGUCCUUGCCCGAGCUGCAAGCUGCUCAGAAGGAAACAUUUGGCUCCCAUCCCAAUGUUCGCAUCUUUUAUGCCGCUCAAGAAGUCGAUGACGUUGAUCCCGAGUGCCAUUCCAAACUCACCAACGAACAAAUCGUGCAAGUCUCGCGAUUCUGCCGCAAGGAACAACCACCUGAAGAAGGAGAUUUCCCAGCACGGAAACGGAAACGCGAAGAAAUGCUCAAAGAAGUCAAGUACCCAUGGCUAUUCGACAUUCAACGACACUUUGCUGGGGAAAAGAAACUACUCGAAAAGAAAAACCCGGCAGGAUGGCUAUGUGCACAGAAACGACCCAUCAGUGCCUUGGCCAAACUCAUGAGACGAUACCAAGAACUCAGUCUGGCACUUCCCGACUAUCUCUUCAUUGUUGAUGACGACACCUUCAUCAACAUUGACAACGUGCUCGACUAUCUACUCCAAAACAAUCCACCCAAUGAACUCAAUGCUGUCGCUGGAUGUCUCUACAGCAUGAAAGACGAAAACAUGUCACUACCCUAUGGAGGAUUUGGAACGAUUCUCUCCAGGGAAUCAUUGCGUCAUGCCGUGAGGCCACUACAAUGCAGCGACGACAAGAAAACAGAUGAAAAGAUGGAAAACGAAGAACCACCCAGCUCCGUCACCGACUUUGACCAUUUCGCCUGCCAACGACUCAACGAGAAUCGAGUCAACGAGAAGCAUCUAUUCCAACCAGGCAUGAACUUGAUUGAGCUCUUCGAGUCCUACGCCAUACACCAACGGUUUAGAGACAUUAACAACUGGAGCGAAGCGGGAUUCUGCUUCCAUUCCGAUACCUUCCUCGGAUACCUCGUCAAUACCUACGAACUGGGACGCAAAGAACCCGAUCACGCAGUGACCCAGGUGGUGCCCGUCAACCACUUUCAAACCUACGACAAUUCCGUCUUCUACUAUGGAUUCGGAUCUCCGAGAAAGGAAAAGACUGGAAGGCAAUGCUUCGAUGUUAAGUACAAUUGCAACCCCGAAAGUCACAUUUGCCAUUACCUGCCACCGGAACGCAUGCGUGGGCUCUACCGACGAUCUAGAGAAGCCGCCGGCCGCGGUCCAGAGGAUGGUCGAAUCGCCAUCAAGCAAGACAUGAAAGCAGUGGGACCUCCGGCAACAGCGACAGCAAAGGACGAUGACACAACAAAGUGA